AUUAUGAUAAAAUUUAAUCAUCCUUAUCAUUUAGUAAGUUUAAGUCCUUGACCAUUAAUAAAUUCUUUUUGUUUAAUAAUUUUUAUAUUUAGAUCAUUGAAAUUUAUACAUGAUUUUAAUAUUUUAUUAUUUUUAAUGUCUUUAAUUUUAAUGAUUAUAAUUACUUAUCAAUGAUGACGAGAUGUAAUUCGUGAAGGAACUUUUCAAGGAGUCCAUACUUUAUAUGUUACAAAAAUAUUACGUUUAGGUAUAAUUUUAUUUAUUUUAUCUGAAUUAAUAUUUUUUUUAUCUUUUUUUUGGUGUUAUUUUCAUAUAAAUUUAUCCCCUAGAGUAGAAAUUGGUAGAGUUUGACCUCCUAAUUCAAUUUUAGUAUUUAAUCCUUUUAAUAUUCCUUUAUUAAAUACUAUUAUUUUAUUAAGAUCUGGAGUCUCUAUUACUUUAUGUCAUCAUAGAAUUAUAAAUAAAAAAUUAUUUAUAUCUAAUUUAAGUAUUUUAAUUACAUUAAUUUUGGGUAUAAUUUUUACAUUUUUUCAGUAUUUAGAAUAUCAAGAAUCUUAUUUUAGAAUAUCUGAUUCAGUUUAUGGUUCAAUUUUUUUUAUAGCUACAGGAUUUCAUGGUAUUCAUGUUAUUGUUGGUACCUUAUUUAUUUUAGUAUCUUAUUGACGUUUAUUAUUUAAUCAUUAUUCUAUAUUUCAUCAUUUAGGUUUUGAAGCUUCAUCUUGAUAUUGACAUUUUGUAGAUGUUGUUUGAUUAUUUUUAUAUAUUUUUAUUUAUUGAUUAUCUUUUU